AUGGCUCGUGAUUGUGACAAGGUAGAGACACAUAGUGAGCAUGGAAAUAAAGGCUUUUUACUAGAAGGUCAAAAAAAGAGAGAUAUAGUUGACAAUGAAUCAAGUGGUGGGGAGAAAUUAAAGAAAAAGGAUGGUGGUUAUGAAAAAUCAAACUCGGAAAAAGAAGAGAAAGCGCGGCGCUACAACGAGAUUGGUGAUACUAAAAGCUCAAAAGACAAGAAAAAUGGUAGUGUUCCAAGCUCCGAAGAAAUAGGGAGUGUUGCUACUGUUAAGUUUGGCGAAACAAGCAGUUUCCCACUGGUUUUGGAUUUUAUUGAUGACGGAAACAUUGCAAUGGAAAAAAGAGCGGCUAAAUCUAGCAGUUCCAGCUGCAACUCAAGAGACAAUGCUAGACUCAAUGAUGGAACAAUUGAAAUUAGUGCAGGUCAUGACAGUAGCAACGUUUUGUCAAGUAAGUCAAGAGACGUCUCAGAAGAAGCAAAACUGAAAAGCAAAUGUAGUAGUAGUAAUAUUAGUAAUUCAAUGAUCUCCAAAAGGAAGGCUUCUGAUGAUGAUGCUAAGCCAACUAAUAUCAUUGAACAGAAUAGUAGUAGUGGAAAAGUGGAAAGUCCCAUCAGCUCAGAAGUGAAUGGAGAACCCAAUAAAAGAUUCAAAGUAAACUACACAAGCGAAUGUACCGAAACAAACGACACAAGGAGGGCUGGUACCGAAACAGAAAACGUUUGUUCGAAUGAAGAAAGUGACGGGUUGAAGCAAAAUGCUAUACCUUCAAACACAACUGACUCUGGUGAAGAAGAAAAUCCAACAAUAAAUGAUGAUAGUAACUCAUCAUCACUGCCGCCACCACCACCUGAGGAAUUGAUAUCUCGAGGCAGCUCACCUGCACAUGCAUCUGAGUCAAACGACUUAUCUGAUCCACAAAUUUGCUAUAAUUCUGACAGUGACGAUGACAUGCCACAGGACCAAAUUAAGGAAACACGAGCUUUUUUAAAAAAACAUGGGAGUGUGCGAUUUCUUGAACAGUUUUUACCUCCAACAGCAACAUCUCGAGAUAUAGUCCAGCUCAUAGCCAAACUCGGGUUUUGCAGUCCUCAAAUUUUGAGGGAAAUUGAUGAUAAUGCGAAUGUUAUGAAUUAUGUUAAAAUUUUGCACCAAGCAAUGUUGAAAGUAUUGGCUAUACGAGAUAAAUUACCCAAUGUUACAACAUUUGAGGAUGCUUUGAGACUAAUAGAAGAAUGCAAUAAUGUACUCGUUGUUACUGGAGCUGGGAUCUCGACAAGUUUAGGAAUACCGGAUUUCCGAUCAUCAAAAGGUUUUUACUCAAUGGUGCAGCAUUUGGGUUUAAGUGAUCCUCAAGAAGUAUUCGAUUUGGAUACUUUUCUUUCUGACCCUAGUCUAUUCUAUUCAAUUGCUUACAUGGUACUACCACCAGAAGAAACGUAUAGUCCAUUGCAUUCUUUCAUUCAAUUAUUGCAAAGUAAAGGAAAACUUUUGCGCAAUUAUACUCAGAAUAUUGAUAAUUUGGAGAGUUAUGCCGGUAUUUUGCCAGAGAAUGUUGUACAGUGCCAUGGAUCAUUUGCCACGGCAACUUGUGUCACAUGUGGAGAUCAGGUUGCAGGUGAAGAGAUAUUUGGUCGUAUCAGAGAUAAAGAAAUUCCGUACUGUGCACGUUGUACGUUGAAAAAAAAUAGUAUAUUGCAAAAGGAUGACGACUAUUACUUUGCCGAAAGUUAUGGUGUUUACAAACCAGAUAUCACAUUUUUUGGCGAGUCUUUACCCUCAAGAUUUCACAAUUUAAUCAAUGAGGAUAUAGCAAAGUGCGAUUUGUUGAUAUGCAUAGGAACGUCUUUAAAAGUUGCACCGGUUGCCGAUAUAAUUGACAAGAUACCUAAAGAUGUUCCUCAAAUACUAAUAAACAAAGAUCCCAUAAAUCAUUGCCAGUUUGACGUUAGUCUUUUAGGUUACUGCGACGAUGUUGCUAGUUUGAUCUCACACAAUUUGGGGAAUGGCUGGAAAUUACCCCAUAAAGAAUAUGAUAGAAUUAGAGGAGGCGUAAAUGGAGAUAACUUACUGAUAAGCUUGAUAGAUCCUGAAUUGAGAGAAUACUCUAUUACCAAUCGAGAUCAAGAGCAGGUGCAGAAAGAAAAGGAAAUAGCUAUUGAGCAUGACUCUGGAUGA